UUUUUCUUACAAUUUUUUUUAUUUAUUUUACCUAAUAUGAUGAACGUAAAUCAACAAAUGAAUAUUUUAUAUCUUUUUUGUAAUUAUUCUUACUAAUACGUUGUGAAGAUAAUUUCUAGUUUGUAUUUGUUUCUACAAAAAUAACUCUCAUCAAAUAUGUUGAAAUGUCAAGUUUAUUAAAUAAAGGAAAAACAAGCGGGAUACUUAACCUAAUAUUACAACACGAGUGCUUACUUGUCUUCAACGUCUUAACAACACUUCCCCAAUCUUCAACAGACUAGUCUCCUGAUCAAUCAUCUCAACAUCAAAACAUUGAGUAAAAUUAAAAUAAAGGCAUUUUCUACUGCCUUCUAAUAUUUGUCGGUAUUGCUGGAUAAAACUGGGUAAACAACCAAAAAGAAUAAUAUUUAAAUCUAGGAACGAUUGUUUCCUCUUAUCCAGCUUUUUUUAAGCAAUAGUGUCAUCCAAAGGAAACAGCAACUUACAAUUGGCCAGCUUCCUGCUAUUAUAUCUAAUAUACUCAAACAACCAAUCAUCAGGCUCUAUUAUAAAUAAACAAACAUCAAUCUACAACCACUUCCUUUCCAAAUAAGUCCUAUUCCAUCCUAAAGAACACAAAACCACUAUAUUUACAAUGACCUCUAAACUCACCACUCAACAAAUCCCAACCUAGUCUUUCCACAUCUAGACAGUUUACACAACUUGUUUCUAAGCAAAUUAAUUUUAUUUACUAACUUUAGUUCUGUACAAAGCACAAGCAACAUGAAAAUUAUUUGUUGCAAAAAUGGAAAAAGACACGCUUUGCAAACAAAGGAAAUAAAACUACAGAAAAAGAAAAAUGCAUUAACUUUUUUAGUGUAACACCAUAAGUAUCCCUCACAAAAGAUUUUAACUCAUAAGAUUUUAAAAUUUUUCAUCCAUAAACCAAAACAUGCCUUAGCUUCAACAGUCUUUUUUAUCUAAAAAAUCCCAAAGCUUUUUCCACCCUUUUCUACUAUAUACCAUUAAGUUUGACUUUCUUGGUAGUUCGGACAUCAAUCCAUAACACAAACUUAUUCAUAUAAUAACCACCCAUGUUCAUACCCCCAGUCAACCUUCCCUUUUACACAUUUCCAUAGUUCUGAAACGAACCGCUAGCAAAAUGUCUCAUCAUGACUCUAAUAAUAUAUUAUGACUCUAUGUUCUCACACCUACCUUUUUAAUGUAUUUUUUCUUCUUCCUUAAAAUGUCAGGCUUUUUAACUUAAAAAGUCAGGAUUUUCAGGAAAAUCAACAUACUUUUGAGGGGGCAACUUAAACAUGUUCAAGUCGACUUCUCUAACAACCUAGAUUGGUAAAAGGAUUUAGUACUUACAAACACUUGCCAAGUUUGUUUUCCUCAUCAUUUGUUUUCACAGCACCCUUAACUCCUGAAGAUUUUCACUACAAAUACCCUGGCGAAUUAUCUGUCUCUGUCAAUCUGUCAUCCAUAAAUCAAACCAACACAUAAAAUUAUCAAAAUCAUCAAUAGACACAAAUUAUAUGAAUUCAUAUUAGCAACAACUUUUUUUGACAAUCACCCUAUGGAAAUUUUAAUAAGAGUCGCAUCUACACCUUGUUUGACAAUGGGAGUAUGUUUCAUUGUAAGGUUUCUGUUGGUACUGUUGCAUUUACCUACCAUUCACACACCAUUCACAAGAGCCAUAGAGAAUGAAUGUGGAUCCAAUCAAACAAAAACUGAUGAUGGGGGAUGCAUAUGCAAUGCAGGUUUUUACAGGAAUCCUGCAAAUAGUCAAUGCACUGAAGAGUGUUGUUACUGUACUCCUGCAAACAAUCAGGUUGUAAAAGAAUGGGAGAUGCAAAAGCUUGGGCGGGAUUGUGGUAGUCAAGAAACAGGAGGAAAGUGUAUUUCAAAUACAACUCAGGAAUCAAAGUCUAAAAAAACAACUACUACUUCAAAGCCAACUUUAGAAACUACUGGUUUAACAGUGUCUAAGCAAUCAGAUUCUAAUAAAGGAUGGCCUAUCAACAUCGGUAUUGGCAUUUGCAUCUGCAUCAUUGUCAUCAUUAGCAUCAUUGGCAUUUACAAGUAUUGCAAAGAAAAAAAGAAAAAAGACAACCAAGCACAGAUUUCUUCUGUUUCUUUCACCAAUAAUGGCUCUUCAACUAAUGACUUGGUCCAGAUAACAGUUUUAUCAGAUGCAGGUCAGGCCAAUGGUAAAAGCACUUAUACAAGAAAGAGAUCACCACAAUCCCAGCAUCAGAAGGGAGCAAAAACAUGGAAAUGUGGUCCUUACAAUAACAAUGCUGAAAGUUGCCUCAAGGAAAACGACCUGCCUCCACAGUUUACAUCUUAUGGGGAUUGGCCAAGUACCAUUUCAAGUUAAUUGGCUGUCCUAAAUUUUUUUAAAUUGUUUGUUUAAAGUCGUCACUGAUAUGUGUUUGUAUAGCCUUGGUAAUUUAUUUGAUUUUGCAGCAAGACAAAUGCGCAUGUGUAUGUAUUUAAUAAGUGGUAAAUAUAAAAGCGGUGGUAAGUAUAAACGCAGUGGUAAAUAUAAACAACAUAAAUUGCAAGCCCGUUGCUUUAUAGAGAGGAGAAUUUGAUAGUCUACUGAGAUCAAAGAUAUUUAGUCCGUUUAGUCCGUUAUUUUCAAAAGAGAAAAGUGCAGUUUAAAAUUAUUAAUUCUAAAUUUAUAAUUUGAAAAAAAUUAUAAGUUUUUGUAAUUUAAUUAAUAUUUUGCUUUCUUAUAUGUGAUUUUUAUAGAAAUUGCAUUUUACGUUCCUAUAGUUUUAUUUUAAGAGUUGAAUUCUUCAGA